AUGGAUUAAUCUGAUGAGACUGAGGUAUUUUGUCAAUACUUCUGUUAGAUAACCUUAUAAGUUUGUGAUCCAAAAGUAACCCCAGGAAUAAAUAAAUAUAUUGUGUACACAGUGAAAGGAAUGGAUAAAAAUGGAUAAUUUGAUGUUCAGAGAAGAUUUAGUGAUUUUAAGACUAUUCGAUCAUUUCUUUUGACAAAAUGGCCAGGAUGCUAUAUACCACCUGUUCCACCAAGAAAAGCUUUUGUAUUAAAUUUUCUUAAGCUGUGUAGGGUAAUAUGGAAUAAUAAUUUAUUGAUGAACGAAGGCUGAUGCUCGAAGAUUUUCUAAAGAAAAUAGCAACUCUCAAAUAUUUAUGGUAUUCAGAAGAAUUUUAAAUUUUCUUAAAAACUCCUGGUGAAAUUGAAAAAGUAUUUUUUGACGUCAUACAAGGCUUUGUUAUCUAUUCCUAAAAUAACAAAUGAUGAGAUUAUCAAUAAAUAUCAAGAAUCAUUCUCAGAAUUAUCUGGUGUAAACUAUUAAAAAUUAUUCACUUCUAGAAAGAAAUUAAUAGAGAGAUUAUUUAGAAAAUUAACGAUUUUAAAGCAUAUAUAAAGAAAAUUUAGCCAAUGGUAUAAAAUUUUAAGUAAAUUGCAAAAAAUAUCGCUGAAGCCAAAUCAGCUCAUUAAACAUCGUUAAUUCAUUUCAUAACAAUAUUUGUUCCAGAAUAUGAAAAUAAUGUUUUGUUGGAAUAUGCUGAACAAAAAGAGAAAUUGAUAUUUGCUAAUUUAAUACAGAAUGAAGAGGUUAAAGGUUUGAUUAAUUAGUAUGUAAUACAUUAUUUAAGAUUAUUUAGUGUGACCUAUUAAAAGAUCCUAAAUUUUAAUAGCUAUAUUAGGAAGUUAGAAAGGAGGGUAAAUAGUUGAAAGUAAUUUGAAUUGUUGAAUAUUAAAGGCAUUUCUUGAAACAUUUGAAGAGAGAGAAAAGUAUGAGUAAUAGAAAGCAAAUGCAGAGUAGCGUUAAAAAGAGUUAUAAUUGCAAUUAUAAGAGGUUUUAGCAGGCAAGACUACAAUUAGAACAUUGUUUUCUAAAGGGAAAAAAGAAGACAAUGUUGCUAAACUCUAAUAACAAAUUGCUGAAGUAGGGAAGGAAAUUGAAAGUUAUCAAUUUAUUUGUGAUAUAUUAACUGUACUUGUUGGAUAUGUAGAAAUUGAUAAAUUUAAAGGGGAAAAGCAGUAUCAAUAUUACUGCAUGAUUAAGAAUAUUAUUUCUUAUGAAAUUAGUCUGUCUUAAAUUGCAGAAUAAUUUUGGAGCAAGGUUUCAGAAAGUGAAAAUAUGCUAUAAUAAUAUUGA